AUGGUGGGAGUGAGGCCCCACAGCACCAAGGCUGACCCUGGACCCAAACCUGUCAAGCGCCCUCGACUCCAACUAGACCAGCGUGUUCCACAGGACCUGGAAGGGCCUAUGCAGCCUUCCAGUGACAGGCUGACCUCCGUGGUGUUCCUGCCCUCUGGCUCUGCCCUGCAGCUGCACCUGGAUAGAUUCGACCUGCUGCUCCAGCCCCAACCAACCUCCAUCCUACAGGUGUCGCUCCCAGGACACACCCUCCUCUUGGUCCCCGAGGGCCUGCAGGCCUCCACUUGGCCAGGACAUCCUGAGUUCUCACCCACCAGGCCGCUUGGGUCUGCACUCCUGGACUUGCCCCGGGAACACAUAGUCAUCGAGCCAGGAUCCAUCAGUCCUUCGGUAAGGGACAGUGAGGUUUUGGAAUCUGCCUCUCCCUCAGGGAGGCCAUGGAUGAAUGCUCCAGCUGGCCUGACCCCAGGGCUUCAUCUCUCUUCUUCAUUUCAGGGUCCAGUCCCAGAUUGCUGGAGUCCUUCAGACUCUCCGAGUGCAGAGAGCUAUGAUCCGUGGUCCACCCGGAGCCUUAAAGGCAGCAUGCUGGAGCCUCUUCCAGGCUCAACACUGCAGCCUCCCCCUCCAUCUCCUCCUUCAAGUGCACAAGAAGAGCGCCCACUGAAUCCUGUGAGACCUACUCGCCCUCCGUGCAAGGCCAGGAGGCGCCUCUUCUAG